CGGUGGGGGACUCUGAUGCGCGGACAGGAUGCCGGCCAGCGGCGCAGACUCGCUGAGAGCCAGCGCCUUCGUGCCGGUGUGCACGGCCGCCUGCCUCCUGGUGGGCUCCACCUCCCUGUUCUUCGUCUUCACAUGCCCGUGGCUGGCUGUGACCAUCUGCCCUGCUGUGCCACUAUGCUGUGCCAUCCUUUUCCUUUUCGUGCUUGCCAAUUUCACCAUGGCAACCUUUAUGGAUGCUGGUGUUCUCCCGAUGGCCAGUGAGGAUGAAGACAAGGACGACGAGUUCCGCGCGCCGCUGUACAAGAAUGUGGAUGUGAAGGGUGUCCAGGUUAGGAUGAAAUGGUGUGCAUCGUGCCAUUUCUACAGACCUCCACGCUGUUCGCACUGCAGUGUCUGUGAUCACUGUGUAGAGGAUUUUGACCAUCACUGUCCUUGGGUAAACAACUGCAUCGGGAGGCGAAACUACCGCUUCUUCUUCCUGUUUCUGUUGUCUCUGACCAUCCACAUGAUUGCUGUCUUCACAUUUGGCCUCAUAUAUGUCCUCCGCCACAUGGACGACUUAUGGGAGCUGCACUGCACUGUGACUUUGGUAGUGAUAAGUAUAACAGGGCUGUUUCUUAUCCCUGUCAUUGGGCUCACUGGGUUCCACCUGUACCUGGUGUCCAGAGGUCGCACCACCAAUGAGCAAGUUACUGGGAAGUUUCAAGGAGGAAUAAACCCUUUUACGAGGGGUUGUUGUAACAACAUGGAGUACCUGGUUUGCAGUCCGAUUUCUCCAGUUUAUACAGGGAGACCCUGUAAGAAAACAGUCAUCCAUGUUCAGCCUCCAUUCCUGAGACCAGAGCUUGAUCAACAAAAACAAGUGAAAGUCGGGGACAACGGGAUACAUAAUCCUGCACUCCAAAAUAAACCACCCUUAGCUGGAGCCGUUGGGCUGUCAGAUGUCCAGUCUCUGCCCCCACUGCCUCCAAAACCAGACCGGGGUCUGCUGAAAAGUCAAGUCGCUCUUUUAGAUGAUAUGGGACAUUACACUAAAUCCAUCAUUCCUGUGUCUAUUCCCACUGUGCCCCAGCUACGGCCCGUGCUGGAGGCUAUAUCCAGGGGAUCAUCACCUAUUCCUCCAGAGCAGCUGCUGAAGACAUCAGAGCAGCAAGGGAACAACAAAGGUCCUGAACUCUGCUCCGGGUCUGGAGAAAGCCCCAAAAGAGGCGGCCAUCCGGCCAGCCUGCCCGUCCAACUAGCCCUCCAUCCCGGCACUGUCUCCAGCUCGCUGCAGUUCAACUCUCUGACUCUCAACUCCCGCUCUCUUACGCUGAAACACGGCAGUCGCCAUGGCAGCAAAUCCCAGCUGCCCGCCAUGCAUGUUGAUGGGUCUGGAUCUAAUCCUUCUGUGGGGAUCAUAUCUGCUUCCGGCCUGCUGACUAAUCACGGCAGCGGCAGCAGCAAUGGGUGCUCUUACUAUGAUAAUCUCACCAACCCCGCAGAACCCCAGUUUAUGGCUCAGAGGGGAGCACCGGCAGUUAGCUACCACCCUCAUUUUAUGACCCUGGGGACAGAUGGGACAGUGCAGCGUUCGUCUCCUCACUCGUACAGUCCUGUUUUUAUGGGUGUCACCAGACAGUCUCCUCAGCCUCGAGACUCCUCACCAUCUUUGCAGGGUCUCACCUCGAGGGAUCCCUCACCUUCUUUCCAAGGUUUGAUUCAAAGAGACCCCUCUCCCUCCUUUCAAGGGCUACUUCCAAGAGACCUCCAAACCCAAAGCAUAAUGUCACGUGACAUUCCCCCUCCAGGUUUGGCAAUGCGAGAUUUGACUUCUCAAGGGCUCCGAGAGAGCUUUAGGGAUCUCUCUUCCCAGGAUAUGACGCUCCCGAAGUCGGCCGCUGCGCGCUACGACAGCUUUUCAAAAACCAUCAUGGCCUCCAUCCACGAGAGACGGGAAAUGGAGGAAAGAGAGCGGAUGCUCCAUUUACAGGCUCGAUCCCAGGCACUCUACGGUCCAGAAAUAGGAAUCUACGACAUCCCCAGCAGGAGGAGCCUGCCACCCGACAACAGUAGACCGCCAGGCGUCCGCGGGCCGACCCCCCCGGCCUACGGCUCCAGAGAGUUUCUGAUGAGCACAGGCAUUCUGGGUUAUGGCAUGAGGAACUCGACGCUGUCCAGCUCCUCCACAUCCUCUCUGACGCGAGGCCCGAAAACCUCCAGCUCUCCCCUGCAGAGCAGCAGCAGCAGCCUCCAGAGCAAGGGGAGGUCUUCUUCUCCAGCCUAUGGCCCUCCUGAGAGGCAGAGCCAGGGAGUCCCCUCCUCCACAGCCACCCUGCCCCGUUUGUCUUCUACCACUUCCCCUGCCCCCCCAUACCCUUCCUAUGCAACGACAAAACAUUCCUCAUUCUCAUUCUCCUCGGAGGGGAAGGAGUCUGUCACCCUGCGAGCCCUGAAAUGAAACUCAUUCCAUGUUUCUGAUGAUGUGAAUGAAUCAUCUAUGCAGUGUUAGUCUCUGUCUUCACAGCUCCAAAAUCUUGUUUUUUAUUAGAGGCUACUUGUAUGAGAGUAUGUGUGGAAAGCUAGAACACAGUAAAGAUAAACUCAGAAAUGUUCUUCCAAAUUUAAACAAUCAAAAAAAAAACUAUGGAUCUCAGGAUAUCAUUGCCUCCUACAGACAGAAGGGACCCUUAGGACUAAAUGAAAGCAGAACGAUGUCAAUAAUGCAGAUUAACAUAUUAUCUGUGUUUGUGUUUUGAUAUUGUGAAACAUUGUAACACCACAUUAUCUAAUUGUUAUCUGUAAGGAAAAAAAUCCUUGUUUAACAGAAUUUU